AUGGAAGCCCAUGAAAACGAGCAAUAUGUUACAUUUCCUCUUUCUGGGGUACAUGAUAGUAUACAAGAUAAUAUUAUAUCUCAUGAAGAGAUUUGUGAACCUGUUGACGAAUGUGUCCUACCAGAUCCACUCACUGAAGUGUCUGUCACAGAUGUUAACUCUGGCAUUACAGAAGCACAAGUUGCAGUUGAAAUUUUAGCAGAACAGUCUGAUGAGGAAGAUGAAAAUCGUGUAGUAUAUCCUAUAUAUAUUAAACAAGAAGAACAACAGCAAUACACAUCAGGAGAUGAUGAAUCUAUGGCUGUGGAAGCCCUCCGGCAGCUUGGAGGGAUGUACCCUUGUUUUGAAGAUAAAAAAGUAUCUUGUCCAAAUUGUGCAAAUGUUUAUACACAAGCAGAUAUGACAAAACAUCAUACCACUUGUAAUGCAACUAAGUUGUCGUGUAUGACUUGUGGGGAAAGAUUUGAAAGAAAAAUAGAUUUAAACAAUCAUAUGGUUUGUCAUCAAGUAGAUCGUCCUCAUGCAUGUAGAACUUGUGGCAACUUAUUUCGUUCGAAAAGUAAUUUGAGAUGUCAUAUGUUACAAGUGCAUCAAGUAGAAAGACCUCAUAAGUGCACAAUGUGCGGUGCAGAUUUUCAGAGGCCUUCUAGUUUAUCUAACCAUAUGAAGAUUCAUACAUAUGUUGCUGGACGUGCCAUUAUGCAGUCACAGGGUAAUAAUGUGUCACAGUCAGAGGAAACAUUCAGAAAAUGGUCUGAAAAUGUAACAGAAUCCCCAAACAAUCAAGUGCCAUCUUCAUCUGUACAGACUGUUCAGAAUUAUGACACAGUUCAUUGGACAGUUCCAUCUUAUAACUUUCAAAAUGAACAGUCAACGGUUAAUACAAUAUCUAAUCCUGAAGAAAAAAUAGACACUUUACAUGAAUUUACUGUAAUGCCAAAUGGAGAAGUAACACAAUUUGAAUAUACGCAACAAAAUAAUAUAAAUAAUCAAGUCACACAGCAAUACAAUCUUUCAUUAAGCUCAUUUAAUAAUACUGACACAAUGGUGAAAGUUGAAUCUUUACCAUACAGUGGUGAAGAUAGAAAGGAUUAUGUGGAAGUUGAAACAAAUGAUGUAAAGCAACAUACUUGUAGACAUUGUGGAAUUAGUUUUUCCCGUGCAACAGCAUUGGUAUCACAUGAAAAAAUUCAUGCAUCCAAGAACUGGAACAUGCCAAUUGAAUGUGAAUAUUGUGAUAAACAAUUUCAAGAUGGCAAUCAUUUGGCAACUCAUCAAACAACUUGUGCAAAGAAACUCAUGCAAAAUAAUAUAGAACAAGGUACACCCAAUAAUAAAUGGGGUAAACAUGCAUGUUCUGAAUGUAGCAAAAAAUUUACAACUAAGCAAAAGAUGUUCAGACAUCAAUGGAUUCAUAGAAAAAAAACUCAUUCUUGUGAAGUAUGUGGAGCUCAAUUUGAAAAACAAAAUCAGUUGGAUGAACACAGAUUGUCUGCACAUCCUGGUGAUUCUCCAUUUACUUGUACAGAAUGUGGUAAAAGUUUUGUAUCCCGUCAGGGACUUUGGGAACAUGGUAGAACUCAUGCUGGAAGUCCUGCACAUUUUCAUUGUGAUACAUGUUCCAAGACAUUUUCUUCUAGACAGGGCUAUUUGAUACAUCAUAGAACUCAUACUGGAGAAAGACCAUAUGGUUGUAAAUUUUGUUGGAAAGCAUUUAGAGAUGGAGGAACUUUAAGGAAGCAUGAACGCAUACACACAGGAGAAAGACCUCAUGUUUGCCCUCUGUGUUCAAGAGCAUUUAAUCAAAAAGUUGUUUUAAGAGAACAUGUUCGAUGGGUUCAUGCUGCAGGGAAAAAUGAAACUGAAGUAACUGGACCUCCUUUCCUCUGUCCUAUAUGUGGUGCUUUAAAUCAAGAUAGGGAUGAACUGUGUGCACACAUUGUUAAGCAUUCAGACCAGAUGAUAGCAGAAGCAAAAGCUAAAACAAAUAAUAAUGCACCAAAAACUAAGCCAGUAAAAAAAAAAACAAAGACAUCUGCAAGUACUAACUUACAAGAAAAACAGGGGAAUGGAAAUCGUAUAAUUACUAAAACAGAGGAAAAUGAAGCACUUUUAUCUAUUACAGAUGCAGAUAAAUCAGAUGAUCAACAAAUUUUAGAUGAUAAACAGAAUAAUACUUUCCUUGUAGUUACUACAGAAAAACGUAAUGAAAAUUAUAUUGAAAUAUCCGAACUUAAAACUGAAAAUGUACAAUUACUAGUUGAUGAAAAGCAAAAUGAAAAUAUGCAUAUUUCCCAAACUAAUCAUAAUCAUAGGGAAUCUUUAAAUAUGAUUACUAUAGAUAAACAGAACAAUACAGCUCAUAUAGUCUCUACAGAACCAGAAGGAAGUGCACUUCACUCUACAACCAGUCAUAAUGAAAUAACUGCAAUGCAUUUAAUACAAACUUCAAAGCAGGCUAAUACUUUACAUUUAAUAUCAAAGCAAAAUGAAUCAUUGCCUGUUUUGGCAUUACCAAAUCCUCAGAGCCAUGAAAAUUUUUCAAGUCAAAUUGCACAAAUAAGCAAUAGUGAUUUACCUAUGAAUAUGGUAACUCACCAUUCAACUAGGCAGGAUCAAGAUAUGAAGAAUCAAGGAGCAGCUGAAACAGCUGUAAUACAAGUUGUACAGUAUCAUCAACAAGAAAGUGAUGAUGGAGAGGAAUUAGUUUGUGGUAUUUGUGGGGAAGAUUUUACUGAUAAAAACGUGUUGAUGGAACACGUAAAAAUUCAUAUAUAA